AUGAGAAGCUUGAAAAAGGCAGCAAGGAAAAAGAUUGUUCCCUGCAAUGAUCUGAUGUCUGAAGGACAUCUUGGAGUGGAGACUAAAGUGUCCCCCACAAAUGUUGCAGCUAUCCAUAGGAAUAUUGCUCCUACUUGGAGCUUGAACCCCAACACCAUUAAACUCACUGUCAUCACCACCACAUCACAGGCUAUUCACUGCUCAGUCUCAGUUAUUGGCUUAAAUGUUGUUUUUUUCACUUCAUUUAUUUAUGCUGCUAAUGUUGUAACUGAUAGGCAGCUUCUAUGGGAUGAUCUAAUCAAUCAUGCUCAAUUAUUUGCCAACACACCAUGGCUCUUAAUGGGUGACUUCAAUGUUAUACCAAACAUUGGGGAAACUCAUGGAGGUUCAAUGAGAUGGAGUAAUGCAAUGACAGACUUCAAUGACUGUCUGCAAGAAACUGAGUUAGAGGACUUGAAGUUCAGUGGAAUCCUAUAUUCUUGGUCCAACAAGAGUAUGGGAAAUGCAUGCAUUGCUAAGAAACUUGAUCGAGCCUUGGUCAAUCUUACAUGGACUGAAACUUUCCCUUUAUCUGAAUGCACCUUUCUUCCCCCAAACAUCUCAGACUACAGCCCUAUCCUAGUCAAUCUAGACCUUGCCACCCCAAGAAGACAAGUCCCCUUCAGGUUUUUCAAUGCUUGGUUCACUCAUCCAAUUUUUCACUCUACAGUACAUAAGGUUUGGUCUAAAUUCAUCAAGGGUACAGCUAUGUUCCAGGUGGUCCAAAAACUAAAUUUGCUGAAACAAGAGCUGAGAUCAAAAUGUAAGAAGGAAAUUUCUGAAAUUGACUCAAAGCUGCAAGCUGUGAGGAUGGAAUUAAAUGCAUGUCAAAGGGACCUUGAAAACACACCAGAUGACCACAGCCUUCGAGAACUGGAGAAAAUACUUACUAAUGAGCUGCUGAGACUUGGCUAUAUUCAGGAAGAUACAUUAAGACAAAAAUCUAGAAUGUCCUGGCUGAAGCUUGGGGAUUGCAAUUCUAGUUUUUUUCCAUAA